UCUCACCAAAAAGCAGUUUUUGGUAGCACAUGCAUGCAUGUAUCAUGGAAAUGAGUUAGCCAAUGGCCCUCUUUUGCUGGCAUGUCCAUAAGGUUCCGGUCGUCAAUCUUUGUCAUGCCCUGUGUAAGUAGCUCAUGAAUAACAUUAUAGACCGAGCUCCGGUCCGCGGACUGCGCAUCUCCACCCGCCUUUCCUCAAGGCAACUGGUCACCGGCUGGCCUUUACCCAACUUUGAUGUAAGUCCCAGAUUUAGCUGAUCUCGCAUCAAAAAACCAGGAUCGAACCCGGGACGAGGGGGAGAAGCAGCAAGAUGUACAUUAUCAUUGGAGUUCUUAUUAUCCAAAUUCAGGUAUUGGGCUGGGUGGACGCCACAGGGAAGAUUGCCACCAAGUUUCUGAACUAUCACAACCCCGAGGGUAAGCAGCUGGAUGGGUCGUGUUGUGAUAAGUACAGUUGGUGGGGGCUUGGCGACUGUAAGAGCGGCGAUACCUGCGACCCGGGCUUUGUCAUCUGUCUGGGCAACAUCACCGAGUCCAGUAGCAUUGAUAAGUGUCAGUACGGUCGUAAGACGACGGGUCAGUUGUCCAAUAACGCCAAUAAUAUCCGCUUCGAGGAGAAAGUCGGUGAAAUAAACAACCCGUUGGUGUUUGAGUUUGAGGAAUGGCCGGGCAUAGUGAAGCUGAAUAUCCUGGCCAUUGACGCCGACGGCACUGACAAAUACGACAUUGUAGACACAUUUGGUUACCAAUACAAUAAGAUGGACCCGGUCAGAGAACUGGACACGAACCCAAAGACUUUGCAGCUGUCGGGAUCCAGGAGCAGUCUGGAUCUAGAGUUGAAAGUGUUUUGUGACGCGAACUACUACGGCCCUAACUGUAAGGUGUACUGUGUACCCCGGGACGAUGACGAAGGGCACUUCAUGUGUGAUCCGCUGACGGGUGAACGGAACUGUAUGCCAGGAUGGAAUGGUGAGGAUUGCCUAACAAACAAGGACGACUGUGAUGGAAACCGCUGUUCCCAUGGAUCCACAUGCAAGGAUGCGGUGAAUUCAUAUACGUGUAUAUGCCCUGUUGGGAGAACGGGUAGACUGUGUGAGGCGGAGAUUAAUGAGUGCUCCAGUAACCCGUGCAAACAUGGCGGCAAGUGUAAAGAUGCUCUCGGCUUCUUUUACUGCGUGUGCCCAGUAGGAACUUCCGGUGACUAUUGUGAGAUAGACGUUGUCGAAUGUGUGAGCGACCCGUGUCAAAACAAUGCGACCUGUGUAGAUGAGAUCAACGCCUUCCAGUGUGUUUGUCAGGCGGGCUUCACAGGUGGACUCUGUGAGGAGGAAAUAGAUGAAUGUGCUAGUGGACCGUGUGUGCAGGCGAAGGAGUGCAUCGAUCUCACCGGCGAUUACCAGUGUGUUUGUACCGAGGGAUUUACAGGUAAAAACUGUGAAAUCAACAUCGACGAAUGUCAAAGCAAGCCAUGUCAAAACAAUGGCCUGUGCAUGGAUGCUGUCAGCAGUUAUAGUUGCAUAUGUCGUGACGGCACGUCGGGUAAAUACUGCGAGAUCAAUUUUGACGAAUGUGAGAGCAAUCCUUGUCAGAACGGCGGAUCCUGCGAAGACAAGAUCAACUCAUACACUUGUGGGUGCCCUCUCAGCUACACCGGGAAGCACUGCGAGACGAAAAUACAGCCUUGUGAUAGUAAGCCUUGUGAAAAUGGUGGCACAUGUGUCAAUAACGGUGACAACUUUACGUGUAACUGUUUGCCUGGGUUUGAGGGGUUCACCUGCGAAGAGAAUGUGAACGAGUGUGAGAGCGACCCGUGUAAGAACGGUGGCUACUGCUCAGACUUAACCGGUAGAUUUGAGUGCCGAUGUCCGCCUAAUACUUCAGGAGAAAUGUGUGAGACACUUUUGGAGACCACAACAAUUCCUACAACGGAACCAGUUACAAUACCUACUACUGGGGAUUUGACGACUGAAGAGUAUACGGACGAAAUGUCUACGGUAAUUCCUACCGGUGACAUGCGCACUGACGAAAUGUCAAGCCCCUCGCAAGAAGAAACGUCAAGUCAGUCACUAGAUGAAGUGUCAAGUCAAUCACUUGGAUGAAAUGUUAAGUCUAUUGCCAGAUGAAGUGACUACGACGAUGGACGAAAUGGUGGACAACACGACAGCAGCAACAGAUGCAGGUGAACUGUCUUCAUUAAGCACAGCUGAUAAUACUUCCACAACUCCAAGUUUUGAACCAGAAGCAACUGGACAAGAUUUGACGACAUUUGAUGGUGACAUCGAAACCUUGUUGACUACACCAUACCAGCCAAGACCAGACGUCCCGGUCGACGAAUUACCAACGAGGAUUUCAGAACAACGGACGACUCAGUUAAUGUAACUGCAGAUAUCACCGAAAGUGACGCAGACAAUUUCAACAUUGUCUACCGUCGAAGUAGAAGCGCACACCUUUAGGACUAAGCGACACAACCGCAGAUGUAACAGAUCUAGACAGUGCAUAUAAUGCUACGACAGUGUCACUGACUCCAGUAUCACUGCAGACGAUCUCUCCGGAAAAUUUCAUCAGAAGAGAUUGGUGUAGUGACAGAGGAAGGUAGCGGGGAUAUUGCUGUGACGCCAGUUAUAGAUGUGGAGGACACCGGAGGAGGAUGGAGGUUCUGGCGCUGUGAUCACCACUGAGCCUCUCAUGAUGAUCUCUGAUGUCACCGAAAGUGUAUCAAAAGAGACUGCAACAACGACCACUGUUGAGCCCGGAACUUACGGCUACAUCGACUCCUAGUGACGCCAGUCAAGAGCAGUACUGACGUCGACAGUACUGAUGUUGAUACUGCCCGCUUCUGGUGAUUUGGAUGAGACCUUAACCUCGUUAUCACCUGUGAAGACUGUGGGGACUGAUAUAUCCGAUUCCGUUGAGGAGUCUGCGUCAGGAGAUAUCACGGAUGUCAUGACGUCUACCCCAGUCACGCGACUGACGUCUUCGAAAGUAAUAGACGAGGAAGACGUGGGCUCAGGUGCCACAGUUGAGGUGUUGCCGUCCGAAGAAAGCACUCCGGACGAACCAGAGUACUCUGUCGUCACAUUCAGAUGCUUCGUUGACAACACCGCGGGCAGAAGUGGACAGCUCGGGUGAUCUUGUAGUUGAUACAACUGACGGAGUGGUUGAUACAACUGACGGAGAGGCUGAUACAGCUGACGGAGAAGUUGGCUCGGGUGAAAUUGUGACGUCAGUUCUUUUGUCGUCAACUGUGGCGGAUGUUAAUGCAACCUCUCCAUUAGCUACUUCGCAGGCUGUCACUACACCAGUGACUCUUUCCACAUUUUCUCCAGAAAAGGAAAAUCUGUCUUCUACUGCAAGAUCAGUGUUUCCAAUAGCGACCGACCUGUACAUGGGUA